CGUAGAAAAAUUGUAAUUGGCACCAAGAUGGCGGUAAAUUCAGUGGCCAGAGUAUGGGGUCCCUACAAAGACCUGUACAACACUGUGGACUCUGCUGUGUGGAAGAAAAGACCAGAGGCAUACCAUGACCUGGAGGCAGCGCUCCGAAAACACAAACCUGACUUCCUGUCACUGCUACAGAACCCGGCAAAGAACUCUCAGCAGAGGCAGCAGAUAAAGCAGGCUAACACAGAGGGAGUGGUGAUCCAGGGACAGCCUGCUCCCCGCACCCUCCCCACACAGUUCAUACAGGAGGUCAUCAUCCUCAGUGAUCUGUUCAACCUCAAUGAGUUUGCUGCACUGGAACUACUGCUGGCAGCGGAGCAGCAGCAGCCCCAGUUCCCCGGCCUGACCCGUGGCUUGGUGGCCAUCCUUCUGUAUUACGAUGGCCGGAGAAGUCUGGUCAACUCUCUGCGGACGAUCGUCCAGGCAAGAGAGGGCAGGACCUGGACACUUGGUGUUAAUGAAGAGACCACCUCAUUGGUUGUCAAAUUCACCGAUCAGCUUUUGGAAGAAGGGCUGACCAAUAAGGUGCUGGCUCUUGUAGAGGGUCUGGACUGGACUGCCGAAAUGACCAAGCUAGAAAAAGAGAGAGGACUGGGAGACCAGAAACACAGAAAACAGGUUGCUGAUCUGUACAAGGAGGUAAAGAUGUCCCUUGCAGAGUGCCUGUUCUGCUGGGCCUGCCAGACACCUCUGCCCAAGCAGGACACGCUCCGUCUGAUCAGGCACCUGAAAAAGGUGAAGACAGUCAGCCCUGAUGGGAAGCUGGAGGCCCCAACAUUGGCCCUGCUCAUGGCCCUGUUGUACUGUUUCGAUGUGAGCGUUUUGGAGCAGGCAGUAGACGAAAGGGACGAUAUUGUACAGCGUCUGCCAAUCCUGACUGAUCCAACAUACAUAGCAGCAGUGCAUAAAGAGCUGAUGUCUAUGGAGCCAUGGGGGGUCCCGGGACUGAAGGCAGCUGCACAGAUCAGCUGGGCUAUCACUCUCAGGGCCAUCUCACAGUACCCUGAAGCUGCAGAGUAUGGAGAAUAUCUGGAGACAGAUGAACAGCUGGUAGACCUGGCCCUGGAUAACAACGUGUUCCUGUACCUGAGUCAGGCUGUCAUCGCUACAGACACCUUCCACACAGAGGAAUUCUACGUCAGACGUUUGCACACCCUGGUGACAGACUUCCUGGUACUGAUGCCGCUGAAAGUGAAGGAGCUCCGUAGUCAUGGCGACGAGGAGGCGCGUAUCCUGGCACUGGCCGCGGCAGAGGGCGUGGAACCACCACCGGACAUCAGGAGGGGCUUCGAACAUCUCAUGACCCUGAUUGCUGACUUGUAUGGGAAGGACCCACAGAAGUUGCAGCUGGCCCUGGAGUUUUGGUGCCCGCCAGAACCGUCCCUCAGUCCAUCAGGCUCUUUUCUGGCAGGGCAGCACUACAGGCCCCCACACAGACAGGUAAGCCUGUACAAGUUUGUGAGGAUAGCAGGAGACCUGGUGCCCCCCUCCCUCUUCGUGCCUUACAUCAGCAUGCUGACAGGACUGGCUAACGGACCACAGUGUGCCCACUACUGUUUCUCCUUACUCAAGGCUAACGGAGGCACUGGUGCAACAGUAUCGUGGGAUCAUUUCUUCAACUCCCUGAGCCAGUACUACCAGGGUCUGCGGCAGGAGUUAGCCAGCUCUGCAGACGCUCGCCAUCACGUGUACCGCCAUCCUGUCCGCAGUAUCACGGCACAGGAACUGGACGGACUGCUGUCUGUACUCAAACUCACCGAGAAGAUAGCUGAGGAGGAUGAGAACUCUCGGCUGGCGCUAUGUGAACACCCCCACUGGAUGCCGACCGUGCUGUUCUUCGGCCUGCUGCAGUGCCCGGUCCCGUCCGAGCUGAAGGCAGCGCUCAUGAGAACCCUGGCCGCGCUCGCCAAGUCUCCGGAAAUCGCCGCAGGGCUCUGGCAAUCUCUGGAAGUGGCACAGAUCCUGCAGACAGUCCAGCCCUCAGGACAGACUGUCCAGGCAGCUGGCAUACAGGUUGAGUUAGAAGAGAUAGAGGCGCGAGGAGAGGAGUACCCGAUGACUCGAGCCUUCCUCCACCUGGUGGACAGACUGACAGACAUCGCCGUCCCCCCCAGUCUGGGUGCCGGGUACCGUGCUCCGGGGUUCGAUCCCUAUCUGGACUUCAUCCUGGAGUCCGUGUUCCUCAAGUUCAGCACCAGGGCUUACAAAAACCCUGAGGAAAAGUGGCAGGUCACAUCAGGGGUUCUCCAAGUCCUCCAUAAACUGCUACAGUACCACGAAAUGUCACCAGAGGACUUUGUGGACCAAACCAUCGAGGUUCAGGGGGGAGGGACGACCGUUGCGAACAAGCCGCCUGGGCACACCCUCCUCAUCCACAUGUUAAACGACAGUCCCCUGCUGAAAACAAUAUUACAGAUUAUAGACGAGGCUGUUAGGCUGAUGGAGCAGUAUGUACCAUUCCCAGGUAAAGAAGACCUGGAGAAGUCAGCCCUGCUGUGUCUACAGAUGUUAGAGUCCACGUUUGACAAACAGGACCAGUUCAUGGCCGUCCUGCGCGACCAGGGAUCCUCUGUCAUGGCCGCUCCACUGGACGAACUGUUGGUCGGAAUCAACCCUCGCACCGGCAGGGCUGACCACCUGGUCAACAUCGCUAGGUUUGUGGAAUAUAACAGCAGCAGCCCAGAGCUGGCCCUGUGCAGUGUGAAGAUCCUGUGCUGGAUCUGUCUCUCCUCUGCAUCACAGAGUGAACUAGUCGGAAUGUUCACUGCACAACAGGAUGUGUCCCAGAGCCUACUGCAUGGGUUUGUGGAGUGUUUGGAGACAGAUGAUAUAGAGGACAAGGUAGACAACACAGAACAAGAAGAUGCAGAGCUGACAGCAUCCCAGACGCGCUGUUCCACCAGACAGCACAUCCUCCAGCUGCUGUUACACUCCCUGGACCAGCCGGCACCCAACCUGGCCCACUUCCUCCUGGGCUUCCAACUCAGGAAACCUGUGGUCAAAACUAACUUACAGGACCCAGGUGUGUUGGGAUCUCCUCGCACCUGUCUCCACUCCAUACUGGGUGUCCUGGAUGCCGGGGUGGACUCUGCAGGGGGUCCCGGCUGUAUCCAUGACAACCCGCAGCUGUCUGAGCUGGCGUACAAGCUGGUGUACCACCUGUGUGCCAACACGGAGACCUCCGACCCCACCAUGCGCUACCUGCGCACCACACAUGACUUCCUGUACAGACAGAUGCAGCAUGUGCCUUUUGCAGGGAAACAUGCUGACCUGGACCCAGUGUUGUUGCUGAAUCAGCAGUCCUGGCUGCUGAAGUCUGUUGCCAUCGAGCUGCGUCUGACGUCCCUGAACAGACAACGCUCGCACACGCAGAGGUUACUCAGUCUGCUGCUGGACGAUAACGCCUCACAGAUCAACACAGAAAAGUCAUCUGUGACGUUUGAGGUAGACAGAACUACUUUUACAACCAGCAUGUUUGGUGGACUGCAAACUUAUGGUGGAGCGCCGACCAGGAGGAAGAUCCUGUCUCUGCUGGACUCACUGGACUUCACGCAGAAUUACCCAGAAUCCCCUCAGCUGGACUUCAUGAACCCUGUGGUGAUAGAACAGGUCAUGCAGGCCUGUCAGACCAAGAACAAGGAAGGAGUGAGUCUGUGUAAUGUAAAAGCCCUGCACAGGGUGUUGGUGGCAGAACUCAACGCACUGCAGGGGUCAACAGCCGCAGGACAGCGUCCUCUUAUCACUGAGGAGAUCCAGUUGAUCCUGCAGUAUGCUGUAGCGAGGAACCAGGUGAAGGAGAGUCUGCAGGCUAAGAAGCAGGGUUUCGGUGCGUGGCAGCAGGCUGUGGAGGUGGUGGUGACCGCCUGCCCUCCCGAGAUGCUGUAUGGGGAGGAUCGCAAGGGGGCGCUGUUGGACAUACUGCAGGAGCUGCUCAGGAAGAUAUCAGAUCCAGAUGCUGUUCCAGAGCUGACCUCCCCCGUAGCAGGAGUGGUACUGACCCUGCUGGCCCACCUCCGCCAAUCAUCCUCCACCGAGCAGACCCCCUUACCUGGUUCCCAGUACGUCCCCCUGCUGGACAGUCAGGGAGCGGGGUACGGGAGCGGCCCUGUGUCAGCUGGUCCUAUGCAGGUGGUACUGAGGGGCCUGAUAGAGAGCAUUAUGCAGUCUGGAGGCACCCAGCAGAGGGUGAGAGCUAACCUGUAUGGAGCCCUGCUGUACUGUCUGCAGAUCCUACAGGCCCACAAGGGGGCGCUAACAACCACUGACACUGGUUCCCCGAGUGUUCUGGCCUUGGCGACAGAAGGGGACGAGGCGAGGGUUGCCAGGGAAACGGCCGGAAUCCUCGGUAGCUAUGGCAACAGCUUUGUGGAGACGGUCUGCAGGGAUGCGUCCGAUGGGCACGAUGUCGGAAGGAUGCUGGCCUUCUCCACGUUAGACUCCAUGUUCCAGCUGGACCGUAACGCACAGCUGCUGACGUUCCUGGUCAACAAGGGCUACCUGCGCGUCUUCACCGACAGUCUGGUACGGGAGGACGAGCUGCUACAGAGCAUGCUCAGUCCCUCGCCGCAACCUCUCAGGGCGCUCUAUCUGUACGAGUCAAAAAUGGCUUUGCUCUCCAGGCUAGCCCAGACCCUCGCUGGCUCCCAGGCUCUUCUCCAGGCAGGAGUGCUGGUGAGGCUGUCUGAGUGCCAGUUCCUGGACAUGAGACCAGAGAAUGCCGGCAGUGUACCAGGCAGUGUUGAUGCCAUGACAGUGUCGUAUGAGGGUUUUGUGCCGACCGUGUCAGACAGGUACAGACAGAUGCUCCUGCCUGCCCUCAAACUGUGUCUGGCCAUCAUGACAUCACUCGGACCUCAACAUAGAGAUGCCACCAACCAGGUUCUGCAGUUCAUCCUGUCCCACAUGGAUGUGUUCCAUGCCAUCCUGAGAGAACAGCAGAACAAACUCUCCCUGGCACCACUACAGGAGCUGGCCCUCACUACAGGGGUCCUCUCACAGUGUCUGGGAGAAGGAGGUGUGUUCACCAACCCCAGUCUGCAGGAGGACUCCGCAGCUGCGCAGGUGCAGAGCCACCUGUCUCGCAUCCACCGCCAGGUGCUGACACUGCUGCCUCAGUACUGCAGCAACCAGGGUUUAAGGAAGCAGCUAAGGAGUCUUGAGGAGACAGUAGGACCUGAGGGAAGGAGUAACAAAGAAGACAUCAGGCUGGCUCUGUUACAGAUCAUGGGCAACCUGAUAGCCUACUGUAGGGCUGUGGUCGCACGUUCGGGUUCCACAGCCCAGCACUGUCAGCUGUUGUUCACUCCCAGUUUACAGGAGGCUACAGCCAGGGACAUCUACUCUGCACAGGAUGUCCGAGGUUCGGUGACCUCUAUGCGACCUCCAGGCCUGGGUGUGAUAGUUCAGCAUGUGAAACAGGCCACCGAUGACUUCAUGGCGGCGUUCGAGUCCCACGGACAACUCCAGAACAAAGUCAACAACGUGUCUGAACUCAGCAACGAGGAGCUCAAGGAGCUGUGUCCGGUCGGUGCAGCUGCGGAGAAGAUGUCGACUCACCAGCGGCAGCAGCUGGCUCACAAGCGCCUGACUCAGAUGGUCCGCUUCCGAGCACAGGAGAUGGCUCUGUGUGCAUAUGAUGUAGAGAAUUGCCUGUUUCUCCUGUGGCGCCACCUAGAGUACUACCUGCUGUACUGCACCCCAGCAGACCCCACCACUGCAAUGUUCUCCCUGUCCAAACCACAGGGACAGAAGCUCAGGAGGCUACAAGACACCCCAGGAAAGUCUCCCUUCUCUAACGGCCUCCUGUCUGGAGAUGAGCGCAGAGAUCUCAUGUCGCUAGAGGGGGUCAGUAAGGAUGACAUCGAUCAGCUGAAGACAGAUGUGAUUUCAUGCCUGACAGAACCACUCUUCAGGAAGCUACAGGAUAUAGAAAAGAAUUAUACCAAGUCCCGUACGAGGUAUGGUUUUAUGGAGGCUAUGGUUCGACGAAUCAGGAGGCUUCUGAAGCUACACACGGGGGUCUGACCCUGCCUCGGUCAUCUCUGAUAAACUCAGCUAUGAAUAAAUUAGGAGAGAACGGGAAAAAUACUAAAUGCUUGAUCAGAAUGGGGGCCAUUGUCCACAUGUUGAGAGCACCUUGUUUACUGUGUCAACACUCUGGUGUUUCAACUGCAGGAAAAAUGCCAAAUUUGUUGUAUUUUUAUAAAGAUAGAUGAAGGAGUGAUACUUAGGCAUAUAUGACAUCCUGCAAUUACAUUUAAACCUAAAUCUCUUUUAGUGAUCACCUAUGCAUAAAGAACACUGACCCACGCCCACUUUUUGGUGGUUCCGUAGAAUUUUUUUUUUUCCAUUGGCCCAAGCAUUAAGAGUCCUGUCUACAGUGGCCACCUAUCUAUACUCUGAUCAUUUUCACAAUAGACAGAUUUGACUGUACUGUCAAUAUUCUUCAGUUUUGUUAGGCUACUGCAGUUACUACAUGUAACUGCAACUCCAGCAGUAAAUGUAGUACUACACUGUAUCAUAAGUAAAUAGUGAAUAUUUACUUUUCUG